AUGAGACUACCGCUAUUAUUUCGGCCCUGCAGUCACGUCUUCCAGGCAUUUUUCGGUCACUUUCCCGUCUUCAGACACAAACUGCUCUCUCGUGCAGCUGCCUUACCGCAUUUAUCCACGUUGAGAAAAACGAUGCACUAUCAAAUCGAAGAGCGAGGCAGCCCAAACACUACAGAAUACCGGAUUUAUUUUAAAAACUCCGAUGGAAACUACAUUUCUCCUUUCCACGACAUUCCACUGAUAGCUGAGAAAGAACAGGGCAAUGAUAUGCCGGCAAAGAAGGCCAAGAGGAACAAUAGUGAGGUGCUCUUUAACAUGGUGGUGGAGGUGCCACGCUGGUCAAACGCCAAGAUGGAGAUAGCGACAGAGGAACCGCUGAACCCCAUUAAGCAAGACGUAAAGAAAGGCAAACUCCGAUAUGUUGCCAACAUAUUUCCUCAUAAAGGUUACAUUUGGAACUAUGGCGCCAUCCCACAGACAUGGGAGGAUCCCAACCACGUAGACUCGGAAACAAAGUGCUGCGGUGAUAACGAUCCAAUCGACGUAUGUGAUAUCGGUAUGCAGGUGUGCACUCCUGGUCAGGUGAUCCAAGUGAAGGUACUAGGAAUUUUGGCAAUGAUUGAUGAGGGUGAAAUGGACUGGAAGGUCAUUGCUAUCAAUGCCGAGGACCCCGAUGCCGAAAUCCUAAAUGACAUAGACGACGUCCGCAAGAGCCGGCCUGGUCAUUUAGAGGCCACUGUCGACUGGUUCAGAAAAUAUAAGGUUCCAGAUGGCAAGCCUGAGAACCAGUUUGGAUUCAAUGCUCAAUUUCAAGAUAAGGAUUUUGCUGUGGAGAUAAUCAAGUCCACACAUGAGCACUGGAGGGCACUAGUGCGGGAUCAAACAAAAUGUGGUGGGAUUGAACGUAAAAAUGUAUCAUGCUGUGACAGUCCAUUUAUAUGCAAUGACAAAGAGGCGACAGAUUUGAUUCAGUCGGCCCCUGCUUUUGGUUGCAAACACAGUGUUCCGUCAGAGGUGGACAAGUGGCACUUUGUCUGA